CUGAAGGUUGCAGAAGCUGCGCAAAACAUUUGAGAAUUAGGGUUAGGGUUUGAGAUUGAUUUUUUGGGUGCGAAAUAAGCAGACAGAAACGGCGACGAUGAUCUACGACGUCAAUUCUCCUCUUUUCCGAUCCUUCCUCAGCCAGAAGGGAGGUUCCUCCGAUAAGAGGAAAAUAGAAGAGCAGAGGCCAAAGGAGCACAAACCUAAAGCGAAUGAGAACAAGCCUGUUAUGACAGAGUGAAAGCAGCUUGGGAUGUCAGCUCUCUCAAUUGGAUAGUUGGUAGGCUUUUUAAAGGCUGUGAGCUGCCAUGAAUUGAUGAAAGCUUGUUUAGAAUGAAGUGUCUAUUCGGAUGUGGUUGUUAUGUUUAGUAAGCUUGUUAAUGACACUUUUUUGGACGCCUUUGCAACUCUUGGGUAAUUUUGGGGAACGAAAAACAAAAAAGCGUGAAAUUUAUUUGUCAGUUUGCAAUUUUAUUGGUA